AUGAGGAACCCUAGCUUUCUUCUUCCCUUUUACGCGAACGGCGAUUCUGUCCCGAGCUCUCUUCUUCUCUUCCACGGUUCCACCUCCGAUUCGGCGAUUCCUCCAUGCUCGAGAGAAGGAGACCCUGAGGGAGCCAGAGAGUGCUGUCCAGUGUCCACCGUGAAGGAAGUCGCCACUCCUUACUCGAAGGCGUUCAGUCAUCGCCGCCGCAGGGUCGCCGUCGCUGGGUCGCCGUCGCCGAGGAGCAUUCCAUUCACCGAGCAGCAGUCCUGUCACGGAGCAGCAGUCCAGUCGCCAACAAGACUCCAGUGGCCAUCGCAGUCCAACACUCCAACUCGAGCGACGAUAAGCAUAAAGCACUCCUGUCAGUCUGUCACCAAGCCAUCUCAUGCAAAAAGCAACUCCACAAUGUCUUCUUCGGAGUCCCCAAUACAUACAGGUAGCAAAUGAAAAUUGUGUGCACACCAUAAGAGCAUAUACUAUGAAUG